AGUUCGAGAGAGAAUAUAUUGACACGAACAAAGCAGCUGGUAAAUAUGAACGCUACAGAGAACAAUCAGCAUUAUGUGAUGAAAUCUCUCUCUAAUGGACAGGACGAUCUUGAAGAGGGCGAAUAUGAUGCUUGCCUUCGGGCCAUGAUUCUAAGUGCUGGUCAGGUAAACGCUGCCGUUUUGAACGCUGCACUUGAGCUAAACUUGUUUGACAUCAUUUCUGAAUCAAAAGGAUCGGAGGAUGGUUUUGUUUCGCCCACUGAGAUCGCUUCCAGACUCACCUCCCACAAGAGCCAGUCAGACACCGUCGCCGUCGCUGGCAGGCUCGACCGGAUGCUACGCUUGCUGGUGGCUCACUCGCUUCUCACCUGUUCCGUGAGAAUCACCGACGACGACGAUGACACCACCCAGAAGCUCUACGGGAUCUCUCCCACCGGCCAAUACUUUGUCUCCAAACAAGACGGUGCUUCUUGGGCUUCCUUGAUGCCCAGCAUAUCCUACCAUCCUCACAUGUCACACGUUUUUUUGAACUUGAAAGAAGCAGUGCUGAAGCUGAAGGAGGGGGAAGACCUGAGCAAGAUAGUUCAUGGCAAGAGUGUGUACGAGUACAUGGAAACCGAUUCUGCACUGAAGAGCAAGUUCCAGAGAACAAUGGCGGAUCAGUCAGCUAUGCAUAUGGACAAGAUUCUGCAGACUUACAAAGGCUUUGAGGGAUUAUCCACUCUCGUCGACGUGGCUGGUGGCACUGGCUACUCCCUCAAUAUGAUCAUAUCCAACUAUCCUUCAAUUCUGGGUAUCAACUUUGAUUUGCCCCAUGUCCUUCGAGAUGCCCCUGCCUAUCCAGGAAUAAAGCAUGUUGGAGGAGACAUGUUCAAGAGUGUUCCCAGAGGUGACGCUAUCAUGAUCAAGGGCACGACUCAUAACUGGUCAGAUGAAAAAUGCAUACAGAUAUUUAGAAACUGCUACGAGGCCUUGAAGAAAGGAGGGAAGUUGAUUGUGAUAGACUUGAUAAUGGAGGAAGAGCCAGAGAUGAGCAAUGCUGCGAAGAAUGUUUCCAUUCUUGACUUAGUUAUGUUCUCUCAAGGAGGAGGACGUGAAAGAACUGAGAAACAGUUUCAAGCUUUGUGCUUGAAAUCUGGCUUUUGUCGCUUUCGACUUGCUUCUCGUGUCCUCUCCAUUUUAGGCGUCAUGGAAUUUUACAAGGAUUAGUUUUUUUCUCAAGACCCCAAGGAUAAAAAUUAUAAGUAUCAAUCAUUAAUAUUUUAAAUUGUUAAAAUAAAAUAAAAUUAAGGAUAAAAAGGUAAUUUUGUUUUUAAACUAUAGGUUUAGGAAGUAUCAAAGACCCUUAAACAUUUUUCCAGCAAUUUGGUCCCUUAACAUUUAAAAAUAUCAUAAUGUAAUUCCUCAGGUUAAUUACAAGAUAUAAUGUUUGUUACUCUCGUGUCACUUUUAUGCUAUGUGUCCUACAUUUUCUUAUAUGUGACUUGAUGGUGAAUAUUAUUGCAAUUAGUGUGAGGGACACGUUGCGAUGUUUUUAAAUAUUAAAAAGAGACAUGUUGCGAUGUUUUUAAAUAUUAAAAAGAGAAAAAUUACAGUUAAAAAAUUAAAAUCUCUUAUACUCCUAAUCCUAUAAUUUAAAGAUAAAAUUACCUUUUUACCCUAUAAUGAAUAAAGUUAUAGCUUAUAGGCUAUGAAGGAGUUGGUCGCGUGUGUUACAUAUCCAGCACAUAACUUCAGUUUCUGAUUGCAGCACUUGUACUGAUGUUGGAAUUGUAGUAAAUAGUUAUGCACGACCCAUGUCAUACUGUAAUAAAUUCAAGUUAUAUAUGCAGCUUACUCCAUAUAUAUAU